AUAACAAGGUGUACAGCUGGAUGAACACAGCAGGCCAAGCAGCAUCAGAGGAGCAGGAAAGCUGACGUUUCGGGCCUAGACCCUUCUUCAGAAGACCUUCUGUGUAAUCUGAGAGUUAAAGCUCGUCCCGUUUGCUGAGCCACGAGUGAGCGGCCAUUGCUGGUCAGUUCUGUAGUGACUGCCACAAGAUGCGGACCCCAGCGGUGAUGAUCUUGGGGCUUGUGUUAGCCCCUUCUGGCUAUGUGCUAAUUGUAACCUGCCUGGCUGCCCCUGCCUGGAGAGACGUGUCCGGGAUUCCCAACGGGGCUCGGGAUGAGGUGCACCACCAGGGGCUUUGGGAGAUCUGUAAGGACGAGCAGUCGGUGCGGGAGCUGACCUGCGGUCUCGCCGACGAUGCCUACUUCAACGACCAAGUGCUGUCCAUCGCCCGAGGUCUUAUGAUCGCCUCGUUGGUGGUGUCUGCAGCUGGGAUCCUGGUCUCCGCUUUCGGGGUCCGCUGCUGGACCGAUAUCCCCAGCUACAAGGUGGCAGGGGUCGGAGGGAUCAUCCUUAUGAUCGGAGGGAUCUUGACCCUGAUCCCGGUCUCCUGGUACACAAACCGUCUCCGGCAGAUCCCCAACACAGUGGCUGGCACUGAGCUCAAUGUUGGCUACGCGGUAAUCCUCGGCUUCGUUGGCGGUAGCCUGAUCGUCAUUGGAGGAAUCAGUCUGCUGUUUAGUUUCGGCAUGUUGGCGGAAAGCAAGAGCCCGGCGAACAAAACUUACUACCCGAAGAGCCCAGCAUAUCCCGCCAGCAGAUACCCCACUGGCAUUACCAACCCAGUCACAGUGAUAGACUUACCAGUGUCCAGCCGGCCCACUCCAGCUCCUUGGGAUGCCGACUUGUAGAUGGACCAGGUUCAAUCCGGUUUCUUCAGCAGUAUCUCCUAAAUCUGGUACCUCCAACACCCAGGAGAAUAAGGGCAACAAUUACAUGGGAACACCAUUAACUCCCAAGUUUCCCUACAUGCUACACAACAUCCCGAUUUGGACAAAAUUGUCGUUUCUUUAUUGUUGCUGGGACAAAAAUCGAGGAACAUAUUAUCUACCAGUGCUCCAGGAACAUCUUCACCAUAAAUAAAGGAUUAUCGAGGUUAUUGACUACUCAUACCCUUCUAGAGAGAUACUAGGAAUGGAUGAUACCAGCCUUUGCUAGUGAUACCUGCAGAUUAAAAUUAUUGUUUAAAAAUCCGUUAGUGAUAAACAAUUCAAUGAAAGCAGCAAUGAGAUUUAUGUUAUCAAGGACGAAGCAUUUAUAUGCCAUCCACAGCUGAUACGCAAUAAACUUUAGGAAGCUGGCAAAUGCUUGAAAAUGCUCAAACCCUGAAAAAUGCAACGUGAUUAUUUUUAAUGAACAAAAGUAAUGAAUUUACAUGAGAAACUAAUGGAAAUCUGGAGUUGACAAGAAGUUAAUUAACAGCCAUUGAGUAUAAUUAUAAAAUUGCACUGUGGCUAAUAGUAAUGCAAUAUGUUAGAUAAGGUAAAAGUAAUGGAAUUUGAGAUAUGCUUGGGUAAGUGAAUUCAUGUUUAAAUGUUGUUUUCACUCGACAAGCAAGGUUCAAUAGGUGAAUAUGCCUUUUCUAAGGAUAUUAAAGGGAAAUUGUAGGCUAUUUGAAUAGCAAGCAAAACCAUUCCUUGUGAAGGGCACAUUUAUUAUGGAAUAAACCAUUGGAUGACAUAGAAAGCAUAUAAAGUUAAAUUUUGUUUCCAGAGUGUAGUAUAGACUACUACAAUCUCUGAAGUUCACAGGUUGCUGAAGGAAUGUGUGAAUCUGUGAUGGUGUGUCUGAGGAAUCAUCUCGUGUCCUUGUGCUUCCUGUAGGGAUUGGAAGUCAAACAUUUGGAGACCGUUAAAUCAUGGUCCUGUAAAUCCCAGAGUUCUUGUUGAGAGCACAUAAGUCAUCCCUUUAAUAUAUUCUUCCACAGGUUACUUUGUAAAAUAAUAGGUUUCAGAUGAUAUAUCUACUAUUGAGUAGGGCUGAAAACAUAGCCUCUGGAGGCAUCAGCUCCAGUGAUGGCAGAAUGGGAACUUCUUGCUGUGGUAGGCCCGGAGCAGGGACUUUGUGCAAGUCCUGAAACCAUGUUUAGGACCCCAGCUGAUGAAGAUGAAUUCUAUUUAAGUGCUUUCUUUUUAUUCUUUUGUAUCUCAAAAUGGCACCAGAUUGUGGCAUCAGAACACUUUUCACAGUCUCUCCCUAGAUAUAUGUAACAAUAAAUCAUUCAGUCUUUCAUUUAAAGUGAAAGGAGAAAUUAGAUAAAUUUGAGGCAAAGAGAGAUAUUUAGAAUAGCUAUUCUUUUCAGCUCUGUUGUGAGUAUGAUUGACUCUAUCAUAGACUCCUAUGUUCUUUCACAUUGUAAAGUUUUCUUCACAUCUGUAACAGUGUUAAAUUGAUGUUAUAGAAUAACGAGUGCACUCAGGAGUAGCUAAUUGUACAGACAGCAGUGGAUACAAUAAACAUUGGAAUUGUAAUGA